AUGGUGUACUCUUUUUUGAGGGGAAAAUCUCGAACGAAUACCAUUGAUUUGCCGAAACAAGCGCGCGAGAAUGUAACAAAAUUGGACGGUCCAGCGGCAAAGGCACUUCUGGCUAACAGCCGCACCGGAAAUCAGGCCGAUGAGCUUUCCAAAGUACUCAACCAGAUGAAGCUCAUACUCCAGGGUACACAUGACUCUGAAAGUAAUCCAGACCAAGUUUUCCAUCUCAUCGAAGGUAUCAUCAAUGAAGACCUGUUAUAUCCCCUGGCCGUCAAUCUCCACAAACUGCCGUUUGAAUCCCGGAAGGAUGCCCAGUUCAUCUUCUCUUCUGUCUUUCGCUUUCGCCCACCAUCAGCCUCGGCCAAGAGCGACCCGAUCGCACUUAGUUGGGUGGUCAACCAACGACCUCAGGUGCUGCUGGAGUUGUGCAGAGGAUACGAUCACAAGGAGAGUGCUACGGCCGCUGGCUCCGUGUUGAGGGAAGUGCUGAAGCACGAGGGUGCUUGCAAAGUUAUACUAUACGACGACGGCGACCAGCCAGGCUCCAGUGUAAAUGGCCUCCAGGCAAUUGACAGAGACAGGCCGCAAAGCGGAAGUGGCGUGUUCUGGAAGUUCUUUGACUGGAUCGACAGGGGUUCGUUUGAGGUUUCUGCUGAUGCCUUUACAACUUUCAGGGAAAUUCUCACCAAACAAAAGGAGGUGGUGCCACACUAUCUCCGAGUCAACUUCGACCUCUUUUGCAGCAAGUACAACACGGUUUUAGUCCAGUCUAGCAGCUACGUGACCAAGAGACAGUCCAUAAAGCUGCUGGGAGAGAUAUUGUUGGAUCGGUCCAAUUACUCGGUCAUGACGGAGUAUGUAGCCUCGGGCGAGCAUCUCAAAAUUUGCAUGAACUUGUUGCGUGACGACCGCAAGAUGGUACAGUACGAGGGCUUCCAUGUCUUCAAGGUGUUUGUGGCCAACCCAAACAAGUCAAUUCCCGUGCAACGUAUCCUCAUCAUGAACAAGGACAAACUCCUCAACUUCCUGUCCCAUUUCCUCGAGGAUCGAACCGAUGAUGAGCAAUUCAUCGACGAACGAGAAUUUCUUAUCAAACAGAUUCGCAACAUGCCUGCUUCGCCUGUGCCACCUCAGGGGAGGCCGACUUUGUGGCCACCAGACGCAAAGCCAAGCCUCCGACGCGACGUCAGGCGAGGAGAAAGACGAGAGGGAGGGAUGAUCAUUGGAUGA